AUGAUCCUCUCUUACCUUUGUGUGUUUGUCAGUCUAUGGCAAGUCGUGCUUGCAGACUCGGAUGCUUGUUCGAACAGCUUGACCAUCUCGAGUCAAAGUGAUGUCAAUAAUCUCACCAGCUGUGAAAAGAUUGAAGGGAGCAUCACGAUAGCCUCCUCAUUCAAUGGCGCGCUCACACUCAGCGGGGUGGAGGAGAUCCAGGGCUCCUUCGUCGCUGAAAGCGUGUCCGGACUCUCGGCAAUCGUUGCUCCCGACUUGGACAAGGUGCAAGGAUCUAUCACAAUCAGCAACCUUGAUACACUGUCCACGAUCACAAUGGGAGCAUUGUCACAAGUAUCGAUGGGUGUGACAAUCACAGGCAACCCGGAGCUUCACAUGGUCGCAUUCCAACAAUUGGAACAAGUUCAGGGACAAUUGACCUUGAGUGGCCCCUUCAAUAGUGUAUCACUCCCGUCCCUCGACCAGGUAGAGGGACAGACAAGCAUUCGAAGCAGCGGCUCCAUGGCAUGCAACACUCUGAACGCGUUGAAAUCCAAAGGUGUCUUUCGGGGAAGCUAUACCUGCUCAGAAAGCUCAAGCGGUUUAAGCGGAGGUGCAAAAGCCGGGAUCGCAAUAGGUGUGAUCCUCGGUGUUCUCAUAAUCGUGGGAGCUAUAUGGUUCAUCCUUCGCCGGCGCCGACAAAACCGCAGGGCUCUAGGGGGUCCAUCAACAACAUCAGCUACAUCACCUCCAUUGUCUUCGCCGGUGCAAACCGAGAAAACCGUGACACCCACGGAAACUCCAUCGCCAACGGAAGAAUCCCGCUUGCGAAUGCCGCGGAAACCUGUUGGGUCUGCAAUAUUCUUGGACAGCCGCUCGAUCCACGAGGCUUCAAAUGGCCGCACACCCGUUCGGGAAUAUUAUGAACUGGAUGCGGGCCCGGUUUCGGGCUCUCAUCAACGACCCAUUCAUCCGGAAGCGUGA